AUGUUUGAGUCUAUAUUUUUACCAAUCGCAGAUGAUAUGCAUUGCCAUUUAAGGCAAGAUGAUAUGUUAAAAUUUACCGUAGAUGCAAUAAAAAAAGGAGGAUGUAAUAGGGUAUUGGUGAUGCCUAAUACAACUCCUAUAAUAAGCAGUUGUGAAGAUGCAAAAAAUUAUAAAAAUGAAUUAAUGAAAUACGACAAUACUAUAGAUUAUCUAAUGACAUUAUACUUAAAUAAAAAAACAGAUGAAAAUGAUAUCUUGAACAAUUAUAAAGAAUGCAAUUUUCAGGGAAUAAAAAUUUAUCCUAAUAAUGUAACAACUAAUUCUAAAGAAGGCAUUGAAACUUUAGAACCAUACUAUAAAAUAUUUUCUACCUUAGAAAAAUUAAAUAAAAGUUUACAUAUACAUUGUGAAGAACCCAACAUAAAUCCGUUAUAUGCUGAGAAAAAUUAUUUAGAUCACAUACAUGACUUAGCUGUAAAGUUUCCUCAUUUAAAAAUUGUUUUAGAACAUAUAUCAACUGUAGACACAAUAAAUAUAAUUAAAAAAUUUCAGAAUUUAGCAGGUUCAGUAACGCCUCAUCAUUUAUAUUUAACUAUAGAUGAUGUAGUUAAUUUAAACGAAUAUGAUUUUUCUUUAGAUAAUGUUAAUAUUGAGAAAUAUAUAAAAAAUGUAUAUAAUUAUUGCAAACCUAUACCAAAAACUAUUGAUGACAAAAUUGCAUUAUGUAAUAUUAUAAAAGAAGAUUUUCCAAGGAUAUUUUUAGGUUCUGAUUCUGCACCUCACAAAAGAGAACAUAAAAACAAUCCAUAUUUUAAACCAGGAAUUUAUACACAACCCUUUUUAUUAUCUUAUUUAUCUCAUAUAUUCAACAGAAUUGAUUGCUUAGAUAAACUAGAAAAUUUUGCUUGCAAAAAUGCUGCAAGAUUUUUAAAUUUAAAAGAGAAGAAGUUAAAUGAAGGAGAACUUGCUGUAUAUAUAGAAAAGAAAAAAUUCAAAAUACCUAAUGAAUAUUUUGAUGUUAUUCCGUUUUUAUCUGGUCAAACUAUUGAUUUUACAGUAUCGUAUAAAUAUUAUAACUCUUAA